AUGCUCGCGGUCGUCCUGUGCGCGGCGUCCGCGCUCGCGUCGAGCGCGAACGGUGAAGGCGUGAAAAGUUUCGUUGAUUCGCUCGGAUCGCCCGCGCACGGACGAAAACUCCUCGCGGGAUCGACGUACGCGCGAGGCGAUCGCGUGACGCUGUACGCGAAUAAGGUUGGACCGUUUCAUAACCCGACCGAGACGUAUCGGUAUUAUGAUUUUCCAUUUUGUCGCACGCCAGAGGGCGUGAAGCGCAAAUCGGAGGAUUUGGGCGAGGUUUUGAUGGGCGAUCGACUCGCUCGAUCGCCGUACGAGAUUGAUUUCGGCGUUGAUAAGGAGAACGCGGACCUGUGCGCGCAGUUCUUGGAGCGAAAGGAGGUGGAAAAGUUUCGGCGGGUUGUUAAGAAUGAUUACUACUUUCAAAUGUUGUUUGACGAUUUGCCGAUUUGGGGAUUCAUCGGCAAGGUGGAGAAGAUCAUGCACGCCGGGGGGGCGGCUGAGAACAAGUAUUUUUUGUUCACACACGUGCACUUCGAGAUAUCGUACAACGACGAUCGCGUGAUUGAGAUCAACUUGAGCACGGAUCCGCUCAAAACGGUGGACAUCACGGCGGACGAGGCCAUGUCGGUGCGCUUUUCGUACAGCGUGCACUGGAAGAAGACGCGCGUGGAGUUCAAAGAUAGGAUGGACAAGUAUUCCCGCUACUCGUUCUUGCCCGAACACCUCGAGAUUCACUGGUUUAGCAUUGUGAACUCGUGCGUGACGGUUGUGUUGAUGAUGGGCUUCCUCGCGUCGAUUCUGUUGCGAGUGCUCAAGAAUGACUUCGUCAAGUUCGCCAAGGAUGAAGAAAUGCUCGAAUCACAAGAAGAGUCGGGGUGGAAGUACGUUCACGGCGACGUUUUCCGAUUCCCGCGAGGUCGAUCGCUGUUCGCCGCCAUCAUCGGCACGGGCGCGCAGCUCGCCUUUCUCGUCGGGUUCGUCUUCGUGCUCGCGCUCAUCGGGGCGUUUUAUCCGUACGACACGGGCUCCGUCAUCGCAACCUGCAUCAUAGGCUACGCGUUCACCGCGGGCAUCGCGGGGUACGUUUCGGCGAACACGUACAGGCAAAUGGGUGGGGAGAACUGGGUGCGAAACGUCCUGUUGACGUGCGUCUUGUUCUGCGGUCCUCUCGGAAUAGUCUUCUCCUUCCUGAAUACCGUCGCCAUCUUCUACCGAAGCACUGCCGCGCUGCCUUUCGGUACCAUCGUUAGUUUCAUUCUCCUCUGGGCCGUCGUCACCAUCCCUUCGACCAUCUUCGGGGGUAUCGCCGGGAAGAAUGCGCCGGCUGAUUUCAACGCGCCGGUGAGAACGACAAAGUAUCCUCGGGAGAUUCCGGUGCUUCCGUGGUAUCGCUCGACGAUUCCGCAGAUGUGCAUCGCGAGCUUCCUUCCCUUUUCCGCCAUCUACAUCGAGCUGUACUACAUCUUCGCCUCGGUCUGGGGACACAAGGUGUACACGAUUUACAGCGUGCUCUUCGUCGUCUUCGUCAUCCUCAUCCUCGUCACCGCCUUUAUGACCAUCUCCCUGACCUAUUUCCAGCUCGCCGCCGAGGAUCACGAGUGGUGGUGGCGCUCUCUCGUGUGUGGAGGAAGCACCGCGAUCGCCGUCUUCGGGUACUCCUUUUACUAUUUCCACGUGAGGAGCGACAUGACGGGAUUCAUGCAGAGCUCGUACUACUUCGGGUACAUGGGCAUCAUCUGCUACGGCUGGUUCCUUCUCCUCGGCACCGUCGGGCACAAGGCGAGUCUACUCUUCGUGCGCCACAUCUACAAAGCGGUCAAGUGCGAUUGA